AUGACAUGUUGUGGAGUCAGUGUCAGUGAAGGAGGGGACUCUCUCACUCUACACACUGGUGUUACUGAAAUACAGAGAGAUGAUGUGAUACGGUGGUUUGGAAAUCAAGGCACCCUCAUUGCUGACUUAAACAGCGCUGCCGACUCGAGAUGGAGUAACAUCCAACUGAACGAUCAGACCCGAGAUCUCACCAUCAGAAACAUCCGAAGAGAUCAGUCUGGAGUUUAUAAGGUGGAGAUCAACACCAUCAGUAUUAUCUUGCACAGGAAAUUCAAAGUUACUCUUGGUGGCAUGAAGAACGUAUCAGUUAUGACAGGAAAAUCUAUCAUUCUACUCUCUAGUGUUCUUAAAAUACAGGAAUAUGAUCUGAUAUUAUGGAAGUUUGAAGAUCAUCUCAUGGCUAAAAUUAGUAAAAUGACAAAUCAGUUCUUAUUAUAUGACAGUGCUGAAGGGAAAUUUAAAGGCAGAUUGGAGCUCAGUCGUGAGACUGGAGAUCUCACCAUCAGUGGCUCCAGAACCACAGACUCUAGAGAUUAUCAUCUACACAUGAGCAACAGCAUACACACCUUACAGAGGACCAUCACUGUUACUGUCACUGGUCUUCACCCAGGUUAUAUAGCACUGAUAUGUGUUUGUGUAGUGUUAGUGACAUUGCUUGUGGCUCUUGUGACUUACUAUCGCUGCAAAGAUCACGAAAUUAUCUAAGCAAGGAACUCCAGUGCGGUGUCAGUGAAGAUCAAUUGAAUCAACCUCAGGAUCAGCAUGAAUCCAUCCAUAACAGUACAUACAUAACUACUUUAACAAUAUAAACAUAGUUAAGCUGUGCAAAUGAACAUGUGCUGUAUUUGCUAUAACAGAUAAGCAAGGUUUGGUUGUUGUUACAUUACACACUCAUCAGCAUGGGCGACAUUAGGGGGACAAUUACCCUGCGAAUGUCAGUCCCGCUGCAAUUGGAGCAGUUAGCCAACCCAGUGUGUGUUUUUGAGACAUUGAACAAUGUAGCCAAUCAAAGAUAUAUCUGUUGAUCUCCUCAACGCAGUAGCCAAUCAGAAACAUUAUUUUUCAGAAUUCACUUACUGUUGAAAG